AGUCUUGUCUCUCUUGCAGCUUCCGCCAUGUCCGAUGGAAAUGUCACUGUGGCAUCCAACGUGCUCGGCACGAUUGGGACGGUGCUGUGGUGCAUCCAGCUGAUUCCUCAAAUCUGGUACAAUUACCGACGAAAGAAGACGGAUGGGUUUCCGGCGGCGAUGAUGUUCUUAUGGGCGAGCUGCUCGGUCCCGAUGGGCGCGUAUUUGAUUUUACAGGAAGUGAAUAUCCCGUUACAGAUCCAGCCACAGAUUUUCGGGUUUUUCUCUGUGGUCAGCUGGAGCCAGAUUCUUUACUAUAACCACAACUUCAGUCGAUUGAAAGCAUGCCUGGUGUGCUUCAGCGUAGUCCUUCUCUUCGGGGGUAUAGAAGCCCUUCUGAUUCUGACCUUGCGAAUUCCCUAUAAGAAAGGAGUCACCUGGCCAGACCUUGUCGUUGGAGUGGUUGCGGCCAUCCUGUUGAGUGCAGGUCUAUUACCACCGUACUUUGAGCUGUGGAAGCGAGAUGGUCGUGUCAUAGGGUUCAACUGGGUCUUCUUGUCAAUCGACACCCUGGGAGGGUUGUUUUCACUCUUUGCAUUGGGUAUGAUUCCAUCCUGGUCUGUGGCGGUGAAGCCAGACGGAUUCCAACUCACACAUUCCCAGCUGCACAAGGAUCUUUUGAUAUCUUGGGAGGAAUUAUGUAUAUAUUGGUUGUUUCUGAUGUGGUCAAACAACAGGGUUGUUCUUGAGUCGGGUAUCUACGUGAGCCAUAUUAUCUGGCGCAUUCGAUACCGCAAGCUCCGCAAAGAGGCCAAAGCAACUGGGAAGAGCAUUGACGAUCUGUUGGACUUGGAGAGAAAUGACACUGAAGAAACCAAUGACCCCCAAACCAGUGUGCUGGCCAUGCCAGGUGAGAAGACCGAUCCUCUGCAAUCUACCGAACAACCUUCUCGCGAUAUCUCGGAUGUGGAGCGUGGUAUCGCAAGCGAAAAGUUCUAA